AUGUGGAGACAGGAUGGCUUUCAUUCGGGUGAAGGCGGGUGUGCUGAUGAUGGCGUUGUAUGCGGUUGGGCAGUUGACUACCAGGAAGUGAGUGUAGAUGAAAGCCCUUCUCGGGCCGAAGCCGAUGGUGAGGGGAAGCUAGAUGCUCCCGAUUGGCUCGACCACAUCGUUCGAGAAGUUUAG